UGUCUUUGCUUAUUCAAAACCGAGUAGGCGCGAAAAACAAACUAUUCCCAGGAACCCCAAGAAAUAAAAGUCAUAAUGGAUUUUGAUGAUACAGAUUUUGCAUUUGAUGACUCUUGUCUUAGAAUAGAUUUUUCAUCGUGGAAACGCUGUCGUGUUUUAUCGAAAAUAGAUAACUUUUUAUGUAAAUAUGUAAAACUUCACCUUGCUUUGGAUGAUACCAUAACUGGUGAUAUUUUGUUAGAUUUUCCUUGGAACCAGCUAAACAUAAAUGAAGGAAAUAUUGUCUCAGUAUUUGGAAAAUAUAAUGAAGAUCUACAGUUGUACGUAAUUACAAAUGAUUUUGGUCUCUUGAUUGUCAAUCCUGACUAUCUCAUUUCGAGUACUAAAGUAUCUCAGUCGCUUUUUUGUCAACGAAAGGCCGUGUUGUCCGAAAAAUUUCUGAUCGAAACUACUGGGAAUUUAAAUAUGAUCGUAGGUGUUUUAGUUCAUGAAAUAUUUCAAAAGGUACUGCUGUCUAUUUUGUCUAAAAAAGUCCAACCAAAUGUAGCCCAGAUGUGUGCUGAUAUACUUAAAUCCAGAGAAGUGGCAUUUAAGUGUUAUGAAAGUUUACUAGGCCUUCAUACAGUGGAGGAAAAACUUUUGGAAUUUACGAAAAACAUAGAGAGCUUUCUUAAAAAUAAGAUUGUCAAUCCAUUGCAGAAACAUAAAAUCUCGGACGCUGUUUCAAACAAUUUGAAAAUUGAUAAGAUUGAAGACAUUGAAGAAAACAUAUGGUCAUCUCAGCUAGGACUUAAGGGAAAAAUUGAUGUGACUGUGCAUUUGCAUGGAAGAAAACCAAAAAAUUUAAGUCCUUUUGAGCUGAAAACUGGAAAAGCCUCGAUGGAACACCGUGCUCAAAUUAUAUUGUACGUCACUAUGAUGAAACAAAUGAAUUUUGAUGUAGAUAGUGGAUUGCUGUACUACUUGAAAGAUGAUAUAAUGUCUGAAGUUAAUGACACACGAAACGAAGUGCGAGACUUAAUUAUUGCAAGGAAUGAGCUAGUCAACUUUCUAACAUCAUAUGAGACUGAAAAAGCACAUCUUAAAAAUUCCAAUUCCGAAUAUUUCAAAUUGAUGAAACUACCACUUCCCUUGACAAGAGAGUCUAUUUGUAACAGAUGUGAAUACUCCUUUGUAUGUGCUUUAUUCCACACAAAUGCGGCGAGUAGUAAUCCAAACGUUGCAAUACAAAGCAUUGGUGAACGCAUUUUGAAGCAUUUAUCUAACGAAGACUUGGCGUUUUUUUUAAAGUGGACAGAUAUACUUAUGAAAGAAGAAGAAUCGUUAAGUGAAGAUGAAAACUUAACUGAAUUAUGGACGAAAACACCUUGGGAACGUUUUGAGAGUGGAAAAGCUUUAAUUGAUUUGUCUUUGACGAAUGUUGUUGAAAAUUCAGAUGGAAGAUUCCUUCAUACAUUCAAAUCAGCCUCAAAAAAUACUAUUGACACAAUUAAUUUUGAAAUAGGUCAAUACAUUAUUUUAAGUACUAUGCAAAGAGUUGCUGUCACAACUGGAAUUUUGUCAUAUUGUAAUGAAGAUGCCAUUCAAAUUUCAUUUGAAAGAAACUUACUUAUUCAUUAUCCCAAUGAAAAAUUCAUAAUCGAUCAAUAUACAUCACGAAAUUACUUAAAUUUUUCUUUAGGGAACGUUGUAUUGUUGAUGCAAAAUACACCACUGGCAAAUAAUUUACGAAACAUAAUAGUUCAGAAAAUUCCAACGGAAUAUCAAGACAAUUUCUCUCCAUCGAUACCAAAUUCUGUAUUUCUAAAUGAAGCGCAGUGUAAAACGGUACAGAAUGCAUUAAACUGUAAGAAUUAUGUCGUAAUAAAGGGAUACGCAGGAACAGGAAAAACGGAAACAAUUGUGGCUAUUGUAAAUUCAUAUUAUAAGCAAAAAAAAUCAGUUCUGAUAACUAGUCACACACACUCAGCCGUAGAUAAUAUAUUAUUGAGACUUCGAACACUCGGUUUGAAGUUUUUGAGAGUAGGAAACGUGUCGAGGUUGAAAUCAGAAAUUCAAGAGUUUUCUGAUUGCGUUGUGACAAAAAAUUGUCAAUCACCUUCAGAAUUUGAAUCCGUGUAUGCACAAUAUACAAUUAUAGGUUCAACAUGUUACGGAGUUACACAUCCUUUGUUUUCCCGCCGAGUGUUUGAUGUUUGUAUAGUGGAUGAAGCUACCCAAGUUACACAACCAGUGAUAAUUCGUAGCUUAUUAUGUGCAAAAAAAUUCAUUUUAGUUGGAGAUCCAUAUCAAUUACCACCUGUAAUUAAAUCGAAUCUUGCCAAGUCCCUUGGAGGAGAUGAAAGCUUAUUUUGCUAUUUGGAGAGCCUUGGUGAAAGUCAAGAAUUGAGAAUGCAAUAUAGAAUGAACAGACCCAUAGCAUCUUUGGCAAAUUCAUUUACUUACAAUAAGAAACUUAUGAUACCUUUAAAUCAAAGAGACGAAAAUAUUAAAAAUGACGAAGUUGUAGAGUUCGAUUGGGAGACCCGAGUUUUUUCAUUGUCAAUAAAAAAUGCAACUUUGUUUAUUAACACAGGGAAUGUGUUCGAACGAAAUAUACACAUGAUGAGUAGUGAAAUUUUUUCUGUCUAUGUUACAAAAAUUACAAAAAUUGGUCACAAUCUGGAAUCACCAAACAAACUUUACUUGAACAUUGUAGAAGCGGUUCUUGUUGUACACCUAGUAUUGAAAUUCAUCAACUGCGGAAUUCGAUCUCAUGAUAUUGGUGUAAUUGCUUCUUAUCGAUCGCAAGUAGAUUUUCUCAAGUGUAUAACGAAAAAUCAAGAAAAUCUAAAAAAUUUGGAAAUCAACACAGUUGAUCAGUAUCAAGGGCGUGAUAAAGAGUUUAUAAUAUACAGCUGCACAAAAACCAAACGAAACGUACAAGACAACAUACAAACAAACAAAUUAUCAAAUGAGAUUCUAGAUGAUUAUCGUCGAUUGAAUGUUGCCAUUACAAGAGCUAAGCGAAAAUUGAUACUCAUUGGAGAUUACACCUCAAUUAAGGAAAAUUUACCAUUCCAAAAACUUUUAGAUUGCAUGGACAAUAAUAUAGUUUGUAUUCCUGAAUCUUUUUAUGAAAAAGAUUGGAAAACUUUGCUAUACAAGUUGCCUUUAAUGUUGAAUUGAUGGCAAGAAAAUAGUUUAGCGAAAUAUUGUCAAACAUUCUUUCAAUAAAUUACACGAAAAGUUUUU